UGUUUACAUCUGUUACGCCGGUCCGCCCCUGUCUAACUCUGCUCUCAUCUCAUCGCACCGCAAGAUAAGAACAUUGUACGACCAAGUCAUGGACCAUGAUAUUAACUUAUUAAAUCUGCAGGCGAAUGAGCUUAUUCCAUCAUGUUAUCCAGUGGCAGAUUGAAGAAAACUGUAAUCUGUUUGCAAGUUUUGCGGUACAUGGUUCGCAUUGUCGGCCAAAUCAGAAUGAGUGCCCUGGAGAGACGCACUGAGGUUGUCCCUGUAGCCGUGCCGACGGAGGUCUUCAAGGAUUACCUCGGUGACAAUGAGCUGGACGAAAACCACAGUGUCAUCGUGCAUCCAGAAGUGGCACAAAUUCUUCAAGUCAAAAGCCUCGACUGGAUAUGGAUUCACUUUUCUGACGAGUUGAAGAUUUUAGCUAAAAUUGUCACCAGUGAUUUUAUCCUUCUGAAUGAUAUGAUUUUACCUGAUGCCCUAUUUUUCAACGGAACAGCCGGCUCGUGCGACAAAGACCAAUUAGUUUUGUCUCCUUCACUGCUGGAGAAGCUACCGAAAGCCGUUACAUUUGACGUCUCCAUUCAGGCGUGUCCAACUGGCUGGGACGCUUCGGACAUUGAUGCUUUGCUGGCAGAAUACUUCAAAAUUCCAAGACCGAUUUGCAUUUUCGACGUCUUCUGCAUCUCCGUGAAAAACUAUGCUCCGGAAAUGUUUUACUCCAAGCUAAACGUGGAAUUGGACGCAGACUUUGUCUGGUUCAAAGUGGAGAGCGUAGCGACUGAAUCUGGAACGAGUGUGGACAAGUGCAAAAGACUUUGCUUCGAGGCGUCAAGGCAGCAAACGAUGGUUGCUCUCGUCCAGUCGACCGGUGGUGGCAUUCCUGGCAAAUUGGACUGCUUUCUUGGCCACAAGGAACAAUAUUUGGAACUGGAAAAGGCUGUCAAAGUUUAUUUGGAUUCAAAAUACUAUAAAGUUCUGCAUCAAGGAAGGGGCUUGCUUAUUCAUGGAAAGGCGGGCUGCGAGGAGCUCUACAGGGCUGUGGCCAAAAACCUGGGACUGACCUUGAUAAUUCAAAACUGCAGGGAGCUGAACAUGCCGCCGGGCAGUGCUGGGCAAAUCGAGGGAAAACUGAAGCAGCUCGUUGCCAAAGUCACUGCCAAAAAUUCACCUACUAGUCUCAUAGUUUUUGAUAAUAUCGAGGUCCUGGGGCAUGACCACGAGAGUACCAAUGUUGAAGCUGAGGACUUCAGACUAACCACCUGUUUGUCCACGAUUUUGUCUUCCCUCCCAGCGGGCAAGUGUGCUGUUCUCGGUGUCACCUCGAGACCCAAGAGCAUCAGCCCCUCAAUCGGCAGGAUGUGGCUCUUAGCCACCACCAUACCCCUGCAGCACCCUUCUGACCCUGAGAAUUGCCUUCGACAGUUACUGGCCAGAUGUGGUUUUUACCAAAAGAAUAUUCCUAUCGCCUUGCCGAAAAUGGGAUUGAGAGAAAUGGCGUUUCUGACGAGGAAGCUUGUGGAGUCUCAGGUUGAUCCACUUAUUAAGGAAUUCAAUCAGCUGUCAAGCACUGACAACAGAAAGGAGCAGCUCAGUGAAUUUUCAAGGGCAAAACUUGGCGCAGAGAUUGAGAAAAAGCAUUGGGUAGCAUCUAUAGAAAUGUUAAAAAUCAGCUGCCAGGAGGUGGUUUCAAACAUUCCGAAAGUGUACUGGGAGGACAUUGGUGGCUUGGAAGAAGUGCGAAAAGAGGUUUUGCGCACUGUCUCCCUACCCAUCAAAUUUCCUUUUUUAAGGAAGUCCGGCCUCAAGCGCUCAGGUAUUUUGCUUUAUGGCCCGCCUGGCACUGGCAAAACUCUGGUGGCCAAGGCUGUAGCCACAGAAUGCGGGCUGAGUUUUAUUUCGGUGAAAGGCGCAGAGCUGCUGAGCAUGUAUGUAGGCCAAAGUGAAGAAAAUGUCAGGGAUGUGUUUAUGAGGGCGCGUCAGGUGGCACCGAGUGUGAUAUUUUUUGAUGAGCUCGACGCUCUGGCACCGUCAAGAGGCCAGGGUGGAGACGGCGGUGGAAACGUGUCGGACAGAGUGGUUUCUCAGUUGAUGGCGGAAAUGGACGGAAUCGAGCAAAACUUGAAUACUGCGCCGGUUUUCGUAAUGGCUGCCACCAACAGGGUGGAUUUGGUCGAAACUGCUCUUUUGAGACCUGGAAGGUUUGAUAAACUGAUGUACGUGGGUCCCUGCAAAAACGAUGAAGCCAAACUGGGCGUAUUGCGAGCAUUGACUCGAAAGUUUUCCUUCUGUGAUAAUGUGCAGCUUGAGGAAGUUAUUGAAGAACUUCCAGACGCGCCACUAACUGGAGCCGACCUCUACGGAUUGUGCGCUAGCGCAUGGAAAAAUGCGCUUCGCCAAAGAAUUAAUCAAAUCCAAAACGAAGGAACGGAUGAUAAAUCAACUGUGAGUGUGAGUCAAGAAAACUUCAUAGAAGCAGCUCAGAAUUUGCGAACUUCCGUUUCACCAGCAGAAUUAGCAGCUUACGAGCAGGAAGCAAGAAAACAAAACAUACAGUAGUGAUGUUUUAUUUCAAGUUUUCCUUUUUCGAUAAUGUGCAGCUUGAGAAAGAAAACUUGUGAGUCAAGAAAACAUCAUUGAAGCAGCUCAGAAUUUGCAUACUUGAGUUUCACCAGCAGAAUUAGCAGUUUACUAGCAGCAAGCAAGAAAACAAAACAUGCAGUAAAGAUUUUUUAUUUCAAGUAAAUCUAAAAAAAUGAUAAAACUGAAUUUUUUGCGUAAGAAAUUAGUUGGAACAUUUGAAAAACCUGUAAUAUCGAAAUCAUUCAAAUUUUGUCCUUUUGUUACUUUGAAAUCAUUGUGACUAGUUUAUUUUUAAUCAAAUUCAGAAAAUGAUUUCUCGGUGCUUGGCUUAUAGUUUUCCAAAUUACUCUAUAAAUUAUAUGUUAAAAUUUUAAUGGCCAGUUAGCAGUGAUACAUUUCUCAUUUCUGACCAGAGUUGAUAUUUUUGUUAGUGUUUUCUUUAUUACAAAUAAAUUAAC